CUUGUCCAUAACUCCCCUCGUCACCAAUUAAAAGCCAGGUACCUACUACCACUGUGUUCCAAGGUUAGGUACAAUACAAUACACAACAAGAAUCGACAUCAGAAUUCAUUCACUUCCACCACCCCGCCGAGCCAGUCUGUCCCCAAGCACUGAAGUUUUGAACCUGGCAAAAAAGGUACAAUUCGUCGUCACCGUCAAACCAAACCAGAACAGACCACACCUCUAAACGACAUCAUAGAAACGCCCUGGGAUCGGCGAUUGUUGCAGCUACAACUGAUCUCGACAAAAAAGGAGCUUCGCGUAUUAUCGCAAGCACCCCGACGAUAUGGAUUAUGAAGCUUUGAAGGAGCAAUGGAGCGAGGUUGAGGAUCGUGAUGGUGUCCGACUGAGCUGGAACGUUUUCCCUAGCUCUCGCAUGGAGGCAUCUCGCCUUGUUGUUCCUAUCGGCGCCCUCUACACCCCUCUAAAAGAGAAGCCAGACACUCCUCUACUACAGUUCGAGCCCGUAACGUGCAAACAACCGUGUCGUUCGGUCCUAAAUCCCUUCUGCCAAGUUGAUGUCCGAGCACGCCUAUGGAUCUGCCCAUUCUGCCUUUCGAGAAACCCUCUUCCACCUCACUAUAAAGACAUCACGCCUAACGCCAUUCCUCCGGAGCUGCAUCCUUCCAACACGACUAUCGAAUAUCGACUCUCACGACCCGCUCCUAGCCCGCCCAUCUUCCUCUACGUCGUCGAUACGUGCCAAGAGGAUGACAGCCUUUCGGCCUUGAAGGAGUCGCUCAUCAUGAGCCUGAGUUUACUCCCCGAGAAUGCACUGGUCGGCCUGAUCACUUACGGUACGAUGGCACAAGUUCAUGAGAUAGGAUACACAGAGUGUGCCAAAUCAUACGUUUUUCGCGGUAGCAAGGACUACUCUGCCAAACAGGUCCAAGAAAUGCUGGGUCUGCUCGCCCCUAGCCUGCGCCCUGGUAUGCCGCAGCAGCAACCUGGUCGACCUAUGCUUCCUAUGGGCCCCGCCACUAGAUUCCUGUUACCAGUCCAGCAGUGCGAAUUCCAACUCACUAAGAUUCUCGAGCAGUUGCAGAAAGAUCCCUGGCCCGUCGCUAGCGACAGGAGAAACCUUCGCUGCUCUGGUGUAGCGCUUAGCGUGGCCGUGGGGCUUCUCGAAUCGUCUUUUCAAAAUGCUGGUGGCAGGAUCAUGCUCUUCGCUGGAGGUCCCGCAACUGAAGGGCCGGGAAUGGUCGUUGGACCCGAGCUCAGGGAGCCUAUUCGCUCGCAUCAUGAUAUCGAUCGCGAUAAUAUCAAGUAUUACAAGAAGGCCUUAAAAUUCUACGACAACCUUGCAAAGCGAACCGCGCACAAUGGCCACAUAAUAGACAUAUUCGCCGGGUGCUUAGAUCAAGUCGGAUUGCUCGAGAUGAAAGGCCUAUGUAACUCUACUGGCGGCCACAUGAUCCUUACGGACAGCUUCACCUCGUCUAUGUUCAAGCAGUCGUUUAUCCGCGUCUUUGAAAAGGAUGGCGACGAUAACCUGCUAAUGGGCUUUAAUGCAGUUCUUGAAGUACUAACGACUAAGGAGUUGAAGGUAACAGGCUUGAUCGGGCAUGCUGUGUCAUUGAACAAGAAGUCGACAUCUGUGGGAGAGACGGAAUGUGGCAUUGGCAAUACGUGUUCGUGGAAAAUGUGUGGUAUCGAUCCCAACGCGAGUUACGGGGUCUAUUUCGAGAUCGCAAGCCAAGGCGGCCCUACGCAGCAUCCCCAAGGCCAGCAGAAAGGCAUGAUGCAAUUUUUGACAUAUUACCAACACUCUUCAGGACAGUUUCACCUACGUGUAACAACUAUCGCCAGGAACCUAAGCGGCCCUGCCGGGGAUCCUGCCAUCGCCCAGUCCUUUGAUCAAGAAGCGGCUGCGGUACUUAUGUCUAGAAUUGCCGUCUUUAAGGCCGAGGUCGACGAUGGUCCUGAUGUCCUUCGCUGGGUAGAUCGCAUGCUUAUUCGGUUAUGCUCGCGCUUCGCCGAUUAUAGAAAAGAUGACCCUUCGUCGUUUAGACUGGAGAAGAAUUUCACUCUCUACCCUCAGUUUAUGUUUCAUCUCCGGCGAAGUCAAUUCCUCCAGGUCUUCAAUAACUCUCCCGAUGAGACUGCUUUUUAUCGCCACGUGUUGAACCACGAAGACGUGAGCAAUUCUCUGAUCAUGAUACAGCCGACUCUGGACUCUUAUACCUUCGACCAGGAUGGCGGCCAGCCAGUCCUGCUGGACUCGACCUCUAUACAACCUACACACAUUUUAUUGUUGGACACAUUCUUCCAUAUCCUUAUCUUUCACGGUGAAACCAUCGCAGAGUGGAAGAAAGCCGGUUACCAGGAUCAAGAAGGCUACGACAAUUUUGCUACAUUACUCGAACAACCAAAGGAGGAUGCAAGAGACCUCAUUGCUGACCGCUUCCCACUUCCUCGAUUUAUUGUAUGUGAUGCUGGUGGCUCUCAGGCCCGGUUUUUACUCUCGAAGCUUAACCCCUCGACCACCCACACCUCAGGGGCCUACGGAGGUGUUGGUGCCCAGACUGCUCAAACCAUCUUUACAGAUGACGUGUCACUGCAAACCUUUAUGGACCAUCUGAUGAAGCUGGCUGUAAGCGGUACGAACUAGGUGGACUGGAGCUGCAACUUUGGUUCAGUGAGGAACUGAUCAUGUUUGCCCGGGUAGGCGACACUGCGACAAUAGGAAUAACCUGGAAGUGUUGAAGUUAAAUACCAGUAUAGUGAACCAGGCGAGCUUUCCAACGUAGACUUAAAUUAAGGCUGCGACCCAAUUAUAUACAGGGCCGAAGUUGGCGCAAAGUCGUCUUGGAUCUUCUUGUUGCUAUCCCUUUAAAUGCCCGUAACGGGAUAGAUUUAAUCGACACUUAGAUCUUUCUUACUCUUUAACCUUCAUCUUCUUAUCCAUUCUCCCAAGACGGUUAGUUUCUAUCUACGAAAGGGAAUAAUUUCCAUGGAUCGACUGGCUUCUCUGGUCAGUAUUGGCCUUAUGCUUGGAUUCUUCGGGAACUUAGCAUAGUAAUUUAUUGUCGAUCAAUUACUCUGCCCCAUGGUCGGCGUUUAAAGGGAAACCAAAUUCUGUGUUUACUGCCCUUAUCUUAUCAGAAUAAUAGACACAAGUACCUAUAAUCCGAG